AUGAAUGGCACGCCCGUCCGCUUCUCGAACAGGGAAGUGGAGCUGACUUGCUACUUUCUUCUUUGGUUGAACUUCACCGCUGCUUUUAAUUACCAACUACCCCCAUCUCCAUCUCCUUCCUUCCGUCCCAUAAACGUUCUGCCACGAUCGACGACGACGGCAAAUGGCGCAGAUCUAAGCUUCUCAAAGCCGCCAAGCAGAGCUGCUGUUGUUGCUGCGUCGAAGAGUUGA